UUUCUUGCAGAGAAAGAGAGCGAACAGGAAAGGGCUUUGCAGUCGAUUUCAAAUUCCCAAUUCAAUUUUCCUCAAGAAAGAUCAUCAAGUGUAGCAAAAGGGAUUUUGAUCUCGAACAAUGGACGUGAUAAAAUCACAGCAGUUAUCAGCACGGUCGAUCGAGAAGGUGGUGGUACACCCUUUGGUGCUCCUUAGCAUCGUAGAUAACUAUUAUAGAGUUGCCAAAGAUACUCGCAAGCGUGUCGUCGGUGUUCUCCUUGGUAGUGCCUUCAAAGGCACCGUCGAUGUUACCAACAGCUACGCAGUGCCUUUCGAGGAAGACGAGAAGGAUCCCAGUAUAUGGUUUCUUGAUCACAACUAUCAUGAAGCCAUGUUCUCCAUGUUCAAAAGAAUCAACGCUAAGGAGCAUGUUGUAGGGUGGUAUAGCACCGGCCCAAAGCUGCGCGAGAAUGAUCUAGAUAUUCAUGGUUUAUUUAACGACUAUGUUCCAAAUCCUGUAUUGGUGAUAAUAGAUGUCCAACCCAAGGAGUUGGGAAUACCCACAAAAGCAUACUAUGCUAUUGAAGAGGUUAAAGAGAAUGCCACUCAGAAAAGCCAGAAGGUUUUUGUUCACGUGCCUUCAGAAAUCGCUGCACAUGAAGUGGAGGAAAUUGGAGUGGAGCACUUGUUGAGGGAUGUUAAAGAUACAACUAUCAGCACACUUGCAACAGAGGUCACUGGAAAACUGGCAGCAUUGAAGGGGUUGGACGCACGGCUGAGGGAGAUACGUGGAUAUCUGGAUCUUGUUAUAGAUGGCAAACUUCCAUUAAAUCAUGAAAUACUGUACCAUUUACAGGACGUCUUUAACCUUCUUCCAAAUCUAAAUGUUGCUGAUUUGAUAAAAGCAUUUGCAGUGAAAACUAAUGACCAGAUGCUUGUCAUCUACCUUUCUUCUUUAAUCAGAAGUGUGAUAGCUCUUCAUAACUUAAUCAAUAACAAGAUGCUUAACAAGGAACAUGAGAAAGCAGAAGAUGCAAAACCAGCAACGGUGCCACCGGUUGCUGGAAGUUAAGGAUUCGUGUGGAUUUUCGCUGCAGAAGAGGAUCAAUCACACUGGUAAAUUUCCAGUAGAGUUUCUGAAAUCUAUGGCUACGUUCGGAAAAGCUCCAAUCCAUGCUUAAUCUGACUAGAAAAUGUGUAUUGUGUUUGGAUCUGAACUAGGAGGCUAUUUACUCCCCAUCUUUCUUAAAUCGACGACUUGCCGUAUUUUCGUUAUUAACCAUUCCUGAACAUGGGUGUGUUAAGUUGGGCAUGAAUUAUGGGAUUUAUCAUGUGUC